CGGGAUUGUGUCGGCCUAGCAGGCGAGCUAAGUGGCGUGCUAGCGGCUAAGUGGAGGAGGACUGAAACCACCCACACCCCGCGGACAAGACAGCUCGCCUGUUCCAUAUCAGGACUGUCGAGCAGUGUAGCCAAAGAGCCAGGAGAUAAAUGAAGACUGCAAGCCAACAAUAAGAAAUGACUGAAAUACAUCAGACAAUGUAAAACCCACACUGUACAUGGCUUUCUUUAAGAGGUGCAGAACAGGAAUGGAGAUCUAUCUGCAGAGAUUUCUCAGGUGGGAGAGGUCACUACACCCAGCCCCAUCCGAGUGCGGUGACACCUUCAAGAAAGACGUGAGGCUUCUUUACGGACUGAGUUGAUUCUGCCACUUCAAAGACGCAAAGACUACAGACGGUGGUCUCAGAAGAUCAAGGGGACUCUGGAUUUAAAAACUUUUUUUUUUUGUACUUGCUAAGGCAAGGCUAAACCUUUUUUCAUAAUUUUUUUUCUUUUUUUUUUUAAAGCAGCUUAAAAAAAAUAAACCAGCUGGACUUUAGUUUAAUGUUAAGCUAACUUAAUACAGAAUUUUUUAUGGUUGGUUCCCCUGCAAAUUAGUCUGACAUGCUGGAACUGUCCCUGCUGCCGCCAUCCUUAGUUGCUUCCACCCACCCAGUGCCUAAAUAAGCCCGCUAGGGACUAUUACAGCCGUCAUCAGCAGCUGCUGGGCUCUAUCCUGUCUCUUCUCUUCCCUUGGCCCGCUGACUACCUCUACAUUUUUCCUUUCUUUUAUAUUAAUUUCCACUGAAGGGGAUAAUCAGAAUUUAAGCACAGUGAGCUUUAACUUAAAUACCGAGUUUCAGGAGUAGACAGUAAAGUAGAUUGCUCCAGUUUUGGUUGUGUGGACAAGCAUCUGUCCUUUUUUUUUUAAUAUAUGCACAGCCGUGUUUAUAUCUUUGCACCAAAUACAGCUACAUUUAAGCCAUACAAACUAUUUAUCAAUUAUCUACAUAUAUUUUUGUAUCACGUUACUCUUGUAUAGAGAUUAAGAUUAUGCAUACAGAUUAAAUAUUUACAGCAAACUGUGCACAUGCAAGUAAAGCUGUAUUGUAUAUUGCUGUAUUAAAAAAAACAACAAGAUUGUGUUGUUUCAAAUCAGUGCCAGGAUACAUUUCUGUCUGGACACAGAGAAUCCCUCAUGUUACCAUUCAGUUGCCACUUUGCAUAGUGUUGUUUUUUUUCCCCCAGCCUGUAGUGAUGGCCCCUCCUCUCAAACAAACACCAAAUUCACCAUUUUGACCUGUAAAGCAACCCUUUACGGUUGGUAGAUUGUAGAUAUCUACCUCCCUCUCCGUCUUUUUCUCCUGUCUCCGUCUCUGAUGCCGGGUUUCAGUGGUGGGGGGGUUGGGGGAGGAGUAGGGGGACCCGCUUCUGCUCCUCCCCGUCCAUUUCGACCGAGCCGAUACGUCCCAGUGUCUGCAGCCACCACUUUCCUUGUUGGAUCCACAUCCCUCUUCUUCUGCUUCACAUGCCCGUGGUUGUCAGAGUGUUUAUCCUCCGUCAUUCCCAUUUACAUUGCUGUGAUCUUCCUCUUUACCCUCGCAAACUUCUGCAUGGCCACUUUCAUGGACCCUGGAGUUUUCCCCAGAGCGGAAGAAGAUGAGGAUAAAGAGGAUGAUUUCCGUGCUCCUCUUUAUAAGACAGUGGAGAUCAAAGGCAUCCAGGUGCGCAUGAAGUGGUGCUCGACCUGCCGCUUCUACCGCCCUCCACGCUGCUCGCACUGCUCAGUCUGCGACAACUGUGUGGAGGAUUUUGACCACCAUUGUCCUUGGGUGAACAAUUGCAUCGGCCGGAGGAAUUAUCGCUAUUUCUUCCUGUUUUUGUUGUCACUUACAACCCACAUCGUGAACGUAUUUGCUUUUGGCUUGGUUUAUGUCCUGAACCACCGCCAGCAGCUUGAUACGCCACACGCUGCCGUAACUAUGGCUGUAAUGUGUGUGGCUGGUCUGUUUUUUGUCCCAGUCGCUGGCCUGACAGGGUUCCACAUAGUGCUGGUGACCCGUGGCAGGACCACAAAUGAACAGGUGACAGGGAAGUUCCGAGGAGGAGUUAACCCUUUCACCAAUGGGUGCUUGAGGAAUAUUUCACAUGUCCUCUGCAGCUCCCAGGCUCCCAGGUACAUGGGCCGGUGGCGUAACCGACAGGGGUUAGACGUUCAGCCACCAUUUCUGAGGCCGUCAUUCACUGAGGCUCAACUUGAAGCCAAGGUCCUGGACAACGGCAUCCAGAAUGACCGACACAGCACUAGGUCCAAAAGCAGCCUUGAUCAGAUGGAGAGCCAGUCAGCUGACGCAGAGGCCCCACCGCCUCCUAAGCCAGAUUUCCGUUACGCUGGCGUGCCCCGCGCUGACACAGAGGAGAGCAGCUUGUUGACGGAGGCUCCACCCACACCAUCCAUGUACAAGUACCGACCUGCCUACAACAGCCCGGGAAGGAACCACUCUGCUGUCACACAUCCAAAUAAGAUGAUCCGAGGGGAGAGUCUUGACUCUCCGUGUCCCUCCAUCCUCAAGUCCAGCCGCCAGCCUAGCUACCGCUCAGAGCCGAGCAGCCUGGAUGGGGCCACAGUGGUGGGGGGAAGUGUAGGGGUGCGCAGGGGGGGAGGGGAGAGGGGGGAGGGCCCUGGAGGCCCCGGUGGGACUGCUGGGGGAGUGUCGGGGGGCAUGUCAGGUUACUCCCUGACUGGGCGCUCCUACACCUCCUACCCAUCCUCGCUGGUUCUGUCCGCUGGCGGCUCACGCUCAUCCAGCCUGCGCUCAGCACAGACUGCACAUAACCCGCUGGCCACGCUCCACUCAGAGGGCACCACAGACACCAGCUACAAAAGCCUGGCCAAUCAGACGCCUCGGAACGGCAGCCUGUCCUACGACAGCCUGCUGACCCCGUCCGAGAGCCCAGAGUUCGAGUCGGCCGCCCACGAGCUGUCGCCGCAGAAACCUCGUGCUCCGUUUCCCUCGCUGACCACAGCAGUCCAGCCUGAGGUGCUGUCGCCCAGCAGCCCGCUGCAGGGCUACACGUCGCCCUUCCUCUCAGCUCAGCUCGCCCAGCAGAGGGAGGGGCAGCUGCUCCAGGGCUCUGCCACUUUCUCCUCCCCCCAUAGGGCCUACUUGCGUGCUGUCAGCCCACCCCCUGCCCCCUCCUCUGGGCCACCUGAGGCCCAUCACCUGCUCCAGCAUAACCAGGACCUUUCUUCCCGUGCCCCUCGUAACUCUUCCUCCUCAUUCCCUAACUCUGGGGCUCGUCCACUCGAGCCCCCUGUCUCACCACCUCCCCGUGGCCUCUCCCUCGGCAAGUCCUCGUCUUACACCGGGGAGGCAGGGCCUCAGCACAAGCCUCGGCCCGCAGGAGGGGGCGCUGUGUUGGGAGGGGGAGGAGUCGGAGGAGGGCAGCAGGCUCCACAAUCCACCUCUCGCCCAGUAUUGGCUAAUCACACCACAUCCAAGCCAGGGGGCGGGGUGAAGAAGGUAACCGGCGUUGGAGGGACCACAUAUGAGAUAUCAGUUUGAGUGACAAGCAUCCCCACGAGAUCCGUCAGAAGGAUGGGAGGAAAAUCUCCGGACAGCUUCACCUGCCUUUUUACCUUCGCUGGAAAUUAUUCAUGACUGCGGUCCCCUACGAAGAGACUGGACUCAAGUUGCAGGCCUGUCUGCUACUCAUUUUGAUAUCUUUGUAAUGCCACUAGCCAAUCUUCUCUUCCGGCCUUUCAGUUUUAAACAAAAAGAAACCGGGGACACUGGUGAAUUUUUCACAGGAUCGGUCGUCUCUGUUUAACCUCUUUGUGAGCCAUAGACUGAUGUGACUGUGACUAUCACGGCUGGGUACAUAAGUGUUUAGAAAACAUGCAUACCUAUUCCAUGAUUUUCUCUCUUAAUUUGGUACAUUGGCACGCAGAGUUUCCACAAGGGCGUCCGACACUUAAGGAAAGGACGGCCUUUACAUGGGCAGAGGAUGUAAUAUGUUAAGAGGUGAGAUUUGAGACUGUCGACCAAUAGAAACAUCUGAAUGGACCAUGCAGACAGAGGAAUCUGACCUAUAAACACAGGAUCAUUUUAGUUUUAUAAAUCUUUUUUUUUUUUUUUAAAUAUGGUUUUAUAUAAAUGUAUAAAAUCUUAAAGAUUAUUAUUGGGUUUAAAUGUCAGCUAUUGAAGAUGACUGUUGAUGAGGGGGCAGAUGUACUGUAAUUAUUCACGGAAGCAAGUUUAGAUCAUUUGCCUGUCUUUAUAAUUGAUGGCUGCAUCAGCCACGUGCAAGAUUUCGCUGGAACUUACAUUGUCCAAAGAGAACGAUGACCCUUUAUUGGACACCAAAAGAGUGUGAGUGUGUGUGUGUGUGUGUGUGUGUGUGUGUAUGGGGGGGGUUAUUUUUGAAAGCCACAAGGAAAUUUUGAUUUUCAUGACUGCAGCACAAACAUCUUUAUGGAAUGUACGCUUGUAAUGUUAAUGCUUGAGACAUUAUGCAAAAUCUGUUUGUAGCUUUAAGAUCAUGUUUUAUGUCUUUUUUUCUCCCCCUUUUUCUUUAAUUUGUUUGUCAAUCAUCGAGAGGCUAGCAGUAUCCAUACACCUUCAGCGGGUGGCCAGCCAAACAGGGGUUAAUGAGGGAAGGGCUUAUUUAUUUCACCUGACAAAACAAUGGUGUCGUUAUGGACCUAGUUUUCCUAUCUUUCUUUUUGAGAGAAAGAGGUAAAGAAAAGGUUAACAGAAGUCUGAAUAUUUUUUAUGAAAAAAAAAAGUUUAUGAAUGAAAUUAAUGCCACUGAAUAAAUUAAAGAGGGAUUGCUUUUUAAGUGUGUUGAUUGGAUUUUGCCUCGACACCAUUCGUAGCAAGUGUGCUUUUAUUUAAAGAUACAUUUAUCAAUUCCUUUUUUUAUCACUUUCUGAAAAAUGUAAAAUAGUAGAUAACUUUUCAUUUGACUUGCUUAUGUUUAGUUACACUUCUGUAAAGUACACUUCAUGUUUUAUUUUCCUUGCCAUGCUGAGAAAAGAUUCAUUGGAGGACAUGAGGUGUCUUUUGUUUCUUUUUUUUUUUUUAUUGAUUUGGGCAUCAAAUAGAUUUUAUUUAUUCUAUCAUUUGUGUCAAGGCCCUCAGCAGUGUUUGGAGUCGAAUGUUAAAGCUGUGUGAAUGUGGCACAUCUUUUUUUGGGGGGGCUGGACGCUUCAAGCACACGAUCAUGAAUUGACCUAAACAACUGUGUUGCGAGUGUUUCACCCUGCCUGGCUACGUCUAUGGUGUGCAUGUAUUAUUACUUUUUUAUUUUUUCUCUAUUUUAUUUUGUUGUGCUGAUUGCUUCAUAGACGUGCAUUUUUUUUGUGAGAUUGUUGUCAAUUUCUACCCAGUUCAUGUGCGGGUGGCAAAAAGAAACAAUUUUAAUGGCACAAGCAGCUGUCAUACAGAGAUAAGGAAAAAAAAAAUCUGUUAUUACUCCUGCUCCAGCCGAGGAUUGUAGCCACUGAACAAUCUGAAACUACACUUCUGUGUGACUUUAAUUAUUGCUAUUGUGAGCUGUGAUGAAUGGAACAAGUUUCACAAAUAUCUGUAAUGAGUACAUUAGAAACAUUUCCAAAAUGGCCUUAAAAAGAAUUUUUAAGAAAGUGUCUACUCAGAAUAAAAGGUCAAACUGUUAAAAAAAGUGUUAUUCAUUAAUU